AUGGCUAAACCAAACCUCAUUUUCUACGAUAUGAAGUCAAAUGUUCCUAGUCUUUCGAUAUCGCCAAAUACCUGGCGCGUAAGGCUUGUGCUAAACUACAAAAACUUACCAUACGAGACCAUCUGGUGCGAGCCUGUAGACAUCACGAAGACGCUUAGCGCUGCUGACAUUCCACCGUAUGGAACUCGCGCCAAUGGAUCACCACGUUAUACACUUCCUUCGUUGAUCGACCUUUCAAACCCUGAUGCACCCUUCCGUCUUUGCGACUCGCGUAAGAUCAUUGCUUAUCUUGAGGCGACAUAUCCGUCUCCUGACCCACAACGUGUACUUUUUCCACCGGGUACGCAUGCAUUCCAGAUGCUCGCGGAUAAAUAUGUUGAAGACAUCAUCCAACCGCUGUCUUGGAAGUUGGCAAUAUUUGCCGCGGUGCAAAAGCAGACGGAAUAUUCUCGAGCAUCGUUUGAGAAAUAUCACACGAAGCCAGGAGGGAAGACUCUUGAGGAGGAACAUCCGCGUGGAAAGGAAAAGGAGGAAGCAUGGGCUCGCCUUCGUACCGAACUCGACAAACUCGCGACGUACGCCGAAGGAGACGUCUUCUUCUCUGGAGAGAGUUUACGUUACUUCGACGUUCAUAUGCUUGCUAGAUUCGUCUCGAUGAAGGUAUCACUUGGUGAUGAGAUUACCGAGGAGCUGAGAACGUCUGCUGGUGGAAGAUGGACAAGGCUAAUGGACACUUGUGCAGAGCUCGUCAGAUAGGAUUUCCGUUCCAUCAAUCGUCCCAGACGAAGUGCAACGGUAUUGUGUAUUCUGGUUUGCGUUUCAACAUGUGUAGUAGUUGUAGUACGGGUCUACAAGUCGGAGGAGACUAGAAAGAAAUGAAAUAGCCAGUUCCUAGCGACCUCUGCUCGUUCAGUAGGUUCGUAGGCAUACUGUGACUUAUCCACG